AUGACUAUGGAGAGUUCCUCGUGUAGCCUCCAGUUCCUUCCUCUUUUCCUACUCAUCCUCCUACCAGUCGUCACCAAAAGCACCACAUUCAGCAUCACCAACCGAUGCUCCUACACCAUGUGGCCCGCUGCUGUGCCAGGCGGCGGCAUACAACUCCACCCAGGAGAGUGGUGGAUCCUCAACGUGCCGGAUGGCACAACCGGGCGUGUAUGGGCACGCACGGCCUGCUCAUUCAACAGUGCUGGUAAUGGCAAGUGCGAGACAGGGGACUGCGGUGGCGUCCUUGCUUGCAGUGACUACGGUAUGGCACCCAACACAAUGGCUGAGUUUGCCAUCGCACAGUUUAACAAUAUGGAUUUCUUCGACAUCUCGCUUGUUGAUGGCUUCAAUGUGCCCAUGGACUUCCUGCCGGUGCCGGCCAAUGGACAGGGAGGGGAAGGGUGCAGUAAGGGGCCACGCUGUGCAGCCAACAUCACAUCACAAUGCCCAAGUGAGCUGAAGGCGCCAGGGGGAUGCAACAACGCAUGCACGGUGUUAAAGCAGGACAUCUACUGCUGCACCGGGAACAGCAGCACUUCUUGUGGACCCACCAACUAUUCUAAGGUUUUCAAGACGAUUUGCCCAGAUGCGUACAGCUACCCAAAGGAUGAUGCCACCAGCACAUUCACUUGUCCAACAGGAACCAACUAUAUGGUUGUCUUCUGCCCCCCGAUCAACAUAUCAGCUUUGGCUUUGCCACCAGAUGCAAAUCCACCUGCACCUGUUGCUACUCAGCCACCAGCUGCAAAUCCGACUGCACCUAUUCCUACUGAGAGAAUACAAAAGCAUUCCUCGUCCUUUACAGGAGCAAGAGUUUUUGCUGUGAUUCUAGGUUCAGUAGGCAGUUUGAUUGUACUCGCUGUAUUCAUCACGUUCUUCGCAUAUAAACUAAGGACACGGCAACACCAGGAGAUAGAGGAAGCAGAUGAAGAGUUUGGGGAACUACUAGGAACGCCGACCAGGUUCACAUUUCAGCAGCUACAUGAGGCAACCAAUCAGUUCAGAGAUAAACUUGGGGAAGGGGGAUUUGGAUCUGUUUUUGAAGGGCAAUACGGGGAGGAAAGGAUCGCAGUUAAACGUUUGGAUGGAGCUGAUUUUGGACUAUGCAAACUCAUUGAUCGGGAUAAGAGCCAAGUGAUCACAAGAAUGAGAGGCACACCUGGAUAUUUAGCUCCUGAGUGGUUGACAUCACAAAUCACAGAAAAGGCUGAUGUUUAUAGCUUUGGUGUUGUGGUCAUGGAAAUCAUCAGCGGUAGAAAGAACCUUGACACUUCAAAAUCCGAAGAGAGCAUCCAUCUUAUUACCUUACUGGAAGAAAAGGUGAAGAGUGAUCAGUUAGUAGAUUUGAUUGACAAGAACAAUGCUGACAUGCAAGCACACAAGCAGGAUGUAAUUCAGGUGAUGCAGCUAGCAAUGUGGUGUUUGCAGAUCGAUUGCAAAAGAAGGCCUCAAAUGUCUGAGGUGGUCAAAGUCCUGGAAGGUAGCAUGGAUGCAGAAACCAACAUUGAUCAUAGCUUCGUCGCUACAAGUGCAGCAAGGUUUGGUAUUGCACAAAAUAUAGGUUCCUCGAGCUCAGCACAUGCCUCAGAUUUAUCUGGACCCAGGUGA